GAUCCAUGCGGACUGCAGCUCUUUGAUAUUCCCGGCCCCGCCGUCAAGUCUCGCGCGGCUUCGCACUUCCGGGUUGCUGGUUGCUAAGGGCCGGAGCCUGGUUGUUAAGAAAGGCCUAGCUCGGCAAGAGGCGCCGCGAUGGCUGGCAGCAGGCUGGAAAAAUGGGGGACCGUGUUCACUCGGACGCGGGACCUGAUGCGUUCUGGAGUGAUACCUGAAUCCAAAAAACCAAUCUGGUUUGAUGUUUAUGCUGCUUUCCCCCCACUGAAGGAGCCUGUCUACAAGGAACUCCGUCCACUGUACGGCAAAGUGCGGGAAACCGUCCCCGCCGUUCUUUACAAGGAAGAUGAGAUCCGAGCGAAAUUUUAUGAAGCUUAUGGAAAUGGUCCGAAGGCCUUUGAACUGUCCAAAUUAAACUUUAAAUCCACCUGUCAAAGGUUUGUUGAGAAGUACACUGAACUGCAGAAGCAGAGCGAGGUGGAGGAGGACAGACUGUUUGAAGAAACAGGGAAAGCUCUCUUGGCAGAGGGCAUUAUCUUGCGAAGAAAAACGACAAGCAGUGUAGCCCAGCAGGGUCCUCAGGAAGGUGCCGCUAAGGAUGCUGCUGUGGUAACGAGGCUCCAAAGUGUCCUUCAGAAGAUGCAGGAUGACUCAGAAGCCGAGAAGGUCAAAACUGUGGAAGCCCAAAAGGAAGACCCCUCACUAUCCUAAGGACUGUUGCGAUGUCAUUGCGCACCCCAAGCAGGCAUUUUGGCUGAGAGCUGCUUGGCUGGGAGACUUGGUUUUCUUGCCUGAUGAAAAUGCUCUGUCCAGUUCUGCGUUUGUCCAUUUUGGAAGAGCAAUGAGGACUAUCGUGUUAUGACAUGUUUUGUCACAUGGGGAAACACUGACUGUUAAAGUGGAUCAGGUAAUUAAAAGGAUGAAUCAGUUGAUUAAACAUUUCCAUCAGAA